AUGGUGUCAAUUACUGUGGCAACCAGAACAGUCGUCAGAUACAUUUCUUGUAGGUUCUUGAGUGGGAGUGGGAAGGUACUCAGUGAGGAAGAAAAGGUUGCUGAAAUAUUUACAUACAGAAAACUGAGCGAGAGAAAUCGCAUAAACUUGCACGCAAGGGACCGAAGCCAGAGGAGAAACCCGGUGCAGGUUCAGGGAGUACUGCAAGUGAUGCUAAUCCUAGUAGCACAAGCUCAACAUCUGGAGCAUCUGCCGAGAAAGCAUCGAGUGAUAAGUUUCGGAACUAAGGAGUUCGAGCCGGUGUUGCAACCUUUGGUGCUGCUUUGGGAUGGUAUUUGAAUUCUAAAGAUAUGAAGCU